AUGGCCAGGGUGCUAAAUCGAAACAUACAAAAGACCAAGGAAAACAGAAGCGAAAUCAUUAAGCUAACAAAGAGAAGGGGAAAAAAACAACUCAUACCUGAAAAUGGAGUAAAACAAAUUGAUGAUAUUGAAGGGGGGGGGCAAUCAGAAAACCAAUACCAAGGUAGAAGAAGUCGGUUCAGCUGA